AUGCUAUCGGUCCUUCGUUCUCGGACACGACUCGUGCUCUCCCGCUCGACGCUGAACUUGCAGCCGCGUCGUACAUCUUCAUUUUCAACAUCUUCUGUGCGUCGUCUAUGGACUUCAUAUGCGUCAUUAUUAGAAACGCAUCCGCUACGCGUCAAGAUCGUGACAGGCGGCGUCAUCGCGGGGCUGGGCGAUGUCAUUUGCCAGCUUGCACUGGAAAAUAACGAGCGCUAUUUGAAUGUCAAGCGUGUAGCCAUUUUCACGUUUGUGGGUGGAGUCUUAAUUUCGCCCGUGCUGCACGUCUGGUAUCGACUUUUAAGUACGAGAUUACCUGGAAUCUCGGCUACAGCGAUUGCUAAGCGUCUAGCAAUGGACCAAUUGGGCUUUGCACCCAUGUUCUUGCCUAUCUUUAUAUCUUCAGUGAUGACACUUGAAGGACGUAUGGAGUUUAUCCCGGACAAACUGAAAACUGACUGGUGGCCAAUCACGAAAGCCAAUUGGAUUGUCUGGGUACCUGCACAGCUUGUAAAUUUCCGCUUUGUGCCGGGAUCGAUGCAAGUUCUCUUUUCAAAUGUGAUGGGACUGUUUUGGAACGCAUAUUUGUCGUAUGUUAGCCAUUCCGAGGUGAUUAAACCGACUUUGGCUGAAGACAAGUCGAUGGAUGAGGACAAGAUCCAAGUCUAA